UUGAUAUAUCAUCAAACAGGGACCACAGGGCAGCGACGCACUAUUCAUACCCUCUUUUAUUUCUUGACAUUUAGUUCUUGUCAUUUGGCUCCAUAUGAAAGAGUGCCCCGGGGAACUGCAUCGCGAGGGAACUCACUGCAUAGAACUGGGGAAAUUGACGAUAGGAUUACACAGAAGUAUUUCGUUUUGAGUAGUCGGGAUACAGCCACGCACAGCAACAUGAUCAGCUUCGCAGACUGACAGAGACUAAAAGUUGAAGACUGUAGUUUGACUUAUUGGAGUCUAGUUAUCAUAUUUUCGAAUGAAAAUAGCAUAGGGCGGGAAGACCACACAACAUGCUACACAGAACUCAAUGAAGUCGUACCUACGCGACAACAUGAAAAAUGUAAGGCAGGAGGGCCUUUUCCCCACCAGCAAAUCAUUGGAUUCCCCUCCAAUCUAUAGUGUACCUAAGAAGCAAAACGAAAAGAACUGACAUGAGGAAAAGGUGUUCAUGUCGCCCACAUGG